UUGUACUGUAUUUGGCUGACAAGACAGACGCCAUUAAAGUCAGGCCUAUAGUUUCACCAUGGACCCCCGUACCAGUGCCCAGGAUGUGAUGCGAUGUGACCUGUGUGAGACCGCUGUGAUACAGAUGCACUGUGAUACAUGUCUUGUCAACCUGUGUAAGGCCUGUGUGGGAGAUCACUUGAUUUCUGAUGAAUCCAAGGACCACAAAGUUGUUAAAAUUCAAGCCAGAAAAUCUACCCCCCUCUACCCUGGAUGUACAACUCAUAACAAAGAUAGAUGUGAAAUGUACUGUAGUCAAUGUGACAUUCCUGUGUGUGCCACCUGUCUUACUUCAGAUCACCAUCUCGGUCAUAAAUUAUUAAAAGUUUUACAAGUUGUUGAUGAAAAAAAAGACAAGAUCUUAAAAGAAUACACUGAAUUAAAAGAGACAAUUUAUCCCACCUACCAGGACAUUGCCUCUGAUGUACAAAACAGAAUGAGUCAGUUAGAAAAGGAAUAUGGAGAUCUCUCAACAGCCAUAACAAAACAUGGAGAGGACUGGCACAGAGAAAUUGACAAACUUGUCAAGAAACUUAAAGAUGAAGUUGAUGUCAUGAAAAACACACAGAUACAAACUCUACAGAAACAUCUGGAUGAAAUAAACAAGACAACGUCUGACAUCAAGGAUGAAAUUGAUUCAAUGGAUAUUGCUGUAAAUUCUAAUAACAUUUCAAAAUUAUUUAGUGUCACUUCUGAUAUAGACAGACACAGAAAUCUUCCAGAAAAAAUGGUUCCCUCCUUACCUAAAUUUGCUCCAGGAAAAAUCCAAGCAGAAUUCAGCAAAUUGUUUGGAACUGUAUCAUUAAGUUCUUUAACUUCAGAUAAACACAGCUACAGCAUGAAGACAACACAGAAAUCACCAGAAACUGGAUCCUCUCCUCCAGUCAAACAGCUGCUUGAUGAACCACUGAGACUGUCACCACCAUGGACACUGGGUAUGAUAGAUACCUUCUCAAUAUGGCCUGUCUGAGUGAUGAAGAAAUCUGGACAAGAGGAGAUGUCAACACCAUGAAACUCUACAGCAUCAAUCAGGGGUCACUACUCAAGUCAAUCACAACCAAGUCAGGGUACACACCAACUGACAUAGCAGUGACAAAAAGUGGAGAUCUGGUUUAUACUGAUUACGGUGAUAGAACCGUGAACAUUGUGAAGAAUGAGAAGAUAGAGGAGGUGAUCAGACUACAGAACUGGAGACCUCGCGGUGUCUGUAGUACCUCCUCUGGUGACCUCCUGGUUAUCACGAUCAGUGAUGAUAACACACAAACAAAAGUUGUCCGUUACUCUGGCUCCACAAAGAAACAAACCAUUCAGUUUGAUGAUAAAGGUAAACCUCUCUAUUCAUCUGAUGGUUAUUUCAGAUACAUAACAGAGAACAAGAACCUGGAUAUCUGUGUGUCUCAUGAUGGAGCUAAUGCAGUAGUGGUGGUCAAUCAGGCCGGGAAACUGAGAUUCAGGUACACUGGACAUACUCCUGCUCCAAAGAACAAACCAUUCAAUUCACAAGGAAUCACCACAGACAGUCAGAGUCACAUCCUUACAGCUGAUUAUAACAAUCACUGUGUCCACAUCAUAGACCAGGAUGGACAGUUCCUCUGUUACAUAGACUGUGGACUGAGUGAUCCCCAUGGACUGUGUAUAGAUAAAAAUGACAAUCUGUUUGUUGCUCAGUAUAUUAGUAAAAGACAAGUGAAGAAAAUCAAGUAUUUGCAAUGAAACUAUUAUUAAAGAAAAAAGAAUAAUAUGAAUUUAGUUUGAUGUUUUUGUAAACCAUAACAAUGCAACGCACGCUCAUAAAUUACAAAUGAGAAGACCUGUUUCUUUUUUAUUGAUGAUUGGUGAAGUUAUUAAUAUCUUACAUGUACAUUUUAAUCUGAGUAAAAUAGUUA